AUGGCAGGGCAGUUCUAUUUCGCUGCCGCAUCAACAUUCAUCAUGUUGACUUGCACAGUAGCCGAAGUGAUGCUGGCACGUCAUGAGAACUUGAAACAAGAACUGCAGAAGUCGGCCAUCAAAGGGUUCAAAACAGAACCAGUUCUAAGAAUGUUGAAGUUGGAACAGUGUUUUGACACUCCCUUUUCUUUCGUGUUGAGCUGCUAUGCUUGGACAUUUGCCAUUCGAAACACAUGUUCCCUUCUCAACGGCAUGGGCACUUUGCUGUCUGGAGUUUAUGGCCUGGCCGGCACCAUUUACUGGGUGGAAGAUUUGGACCUUUAUCGAACGAAACCCAAAUGGACACAACCAUAA